AUGUUUAAAAACACAUUCCAGGGCGGAUUCUUAUCCAUCCUUUACAGCAUAGGCAGUAAGCCUUUACAAAUAUGGGACCAAAAGGUAAAGAAUGGCCACAUUAAGAGAGUCACUGACAAUGACAUACAGUCAAGCGUGUUGGAGGUUGAAGGAACAAAUGUCAGCACCACCUACAUAACAUGUCCUGCUGAUCCAAAGAAGACACUUGGCAUCAAACUACCUUUUUUGGUGAUGAUCGUAAAGAACCUCAAAAAGUAUUUCAGCUUUGAAAUUCAGGUGUUGGAUGAUCAAAAUGUGCGCCGCCGGUUUCGGGCAAGCAACUACCAAAGCAUGACUCAAGUAAACCCGUUCAUCUGCACCAUGCCCUUGAGGCUGGAUGACGGUUGGAACCAGAUACAGGUCAACCUGUCAGAUUUCACCAGGAGGGCCUAUGGCACCAACUACAUCGAGACACUGCGAGUCCAGAUUCAUGCAAACUGUCGCAUCAGGAGAGUGUACUUCACAGACAGGCUGUACUCUGAGGAUGAGCUCCCAGCAGAUUUCAAACUCUAUUUGCCUGUCCAGAGCCAAAAGGCAAAGGUGAGAACCCACAUUCUUUUUUAA